GCCUCCUUCCGCCCCGAACGCGGGGUCUCCCCUCCCGGUCUUUUCUCUCGCCAAGCCGCCACCUCGGAAGCGAGCCAUGGUUGCAGCCGUGGCGGCGGCGUGGCUGCUCCUAUGGGCCGCGGCCUGCGUGCAAUCCCAGCAGGAUUUCUACGACUUCAAGGUGGUCAACAUCCGGGGCAAGCUGGUGUCGCUGGAGAAGUACCGCGGCUCGGUUUCCCUGGUGGUAAACGUAGCUAGCGAAUGUGGCUUCACAGACCAGAACUACAGAGCCCUGCAGCAGCUGCAGCGGGACCUGGGUCCCUACCAUUUUAAUGUGCUUGCCUUCCCUUGCAACCAGUUUGGCCAACAGGAACCAGACACCAACAGGGAGAUCGAGAACUUUGCCCGCCACACCUACAGUGUCUCUUUUCCCAUGUUCAGCAAGAUCGCAGUCACCGGCUCUGGUGCCCACCCUGCCUUCAAAUACCUAACCCAGACUUCUGGGAAGGAGCCUACCUGGAACUUCUGGAAGUACCUCGUGGCCCCAGAUGGAAAGGUGGUGGGGGCUUGGGAUCCAACAGUGCCCAUGCAGGAGAUCAAACCCCGGAUCACAGAACUGGUGGCAAAGCUCAUCCUUCAGAGACGGGAAGAGUUAUGACCGGGUUCCUGCUUCCCCAACGCUCCCAUCCCUCAGCAAACUCAAGUGGUGCUUCACAGGCAGAGAGCCUGGGCUUCUGUCUCUUCACUCACAUAGAGGAAAAAGUUUAAGACUUGGAUGAUUUGAAUCCAAGAGCAAGGAAUAGGAACUCCUGGCCAAUGAGAGUUCUGAACAGCCAAUCAUCGGCCAGCAGGCUGCCAGCCAAAGGAAACACGGCCAGGCUACAAGAAGCCCUGUAGAAGGGUAUGAAGCAAUCAUCUCCUAGCCAGGCUUCUGUAAAGGGGAGCCAAGUCUUACCUCACAAGAAGGUUGUGAGGAUUAGCAUCUAAUACCUGUGAACGUGCCUGGGCAGUGCUAGCCAAAGAGGAAGCGUUCAGCACAUGUUUUCUGCCUAUAAACAAAGCAUUACUUGUGAUAAUAAAACUUGAACUCAACACA